AUGGGGUUUCAUAGUGUCGGCGCCAACCCCGCCGAACAGCGAAUAACCAGCAGCGCUCCCGUCGAUAGCAACGACAACUUGAACAUUAUUUCCGGAAAGCUCUGGUUGAACAGCGAUAUCUUGAUCCAUCCUGUGGAGCAUUAUUGGACUACCAACUUCGACACAACACAUAUCGAGCGAGUCAAAUCGAAUCAAGCCAAAAUGGCCGAGACUGUCGAGAAAGCCAAGGAUGCCGUCGCCGCUGUCGCAGAGCAGGUGAAGAACGUUACUGUCGGAUCCGGCGAGCAGUCCGCUGAGGGAGACAAGGGCCCCUCCAAGAGCGCCCAGAAGAAGGCCGAGAAGGAGGCCAAGAAGGCUGCUGAAAAGGCUGCCAAAGCUGCCAAGUUGGCUGCCGCUCCUGCUGCCAGCGGAAAGAAGCAGGAAGACACCCUUGGUCUUACGGUCACCAAGACCGAGAACUUCCCGCAAUGGUACCAGGAAGUCGUGCUCAAGUCUGAGAUGAUUGAGUACUACACUGAAAUCUCGGGUUUCUUUGUCAUGCGCCCCGCCACCAUGUACAUCUGGAACGUGAUCCGCAAGUGGUUCACCGAGAGAAUCGAGGCCAUGGGCGUCGACGAGACAAACUUCCCCAUGUUCCUGUCCUCCAAGUCUCUCGAGAAGGAGAAGGACCACGUCGAGGGUUUCGCCCCCGAGCUCGCUUGGGUUACCAAGGCUGGUGACAAGGAUCUCGAGGUCCCUGUUGCUGUCCGCCCGACCUCUGAAGCCGUCAUGUACCCCUACUACUCAAAGUGGAUUCGAUCUCACCGUGAUCUUCCUCUGAGACUGAACCAGUGGAACUCCGUCGUCAGAUGGGAAGCCAAGCAAACCACUCCUUUCCUGCGUGCUAGGGAGUUCUUGUGGCAGGAAGGUCACACCGCUCAUUUGACUGAGAAGCUCGCCGGCGAGGAGGUCCUUGAGAUCCUCGAGCUGUACGCUGGUGUAUAUGAGCAGCUCUUGGCUGUUCCCGUCGUUCGGGGUACCAAGACCGAGAACGAGAAGUUCGCUGGUGGCUACUACACCACCACUGUGGAGGGUUACAUUCCUUCGAACGGUCGUGGUAUCCAGGGUGCCACCUCUCACUGCCUUGGUCAAAACUUCAGCAAGAUGUUUGACAUCACCGUUGAAGACCCUGCUGAGAAGGGUAAGCACCUGAACGUGUGGCAGAACUCGUGGGGUCUCUCGACUCGUGUCAUUGGUGUCAUGGUCAUGAUUCACGGUGACGACAAGGGUCUGGUUCUUCCCCCAAGGAUAGCCAAGGUCCAGGUCAUUAUCAUUCCUCUGGGUAUCACCAAGAACACUACCGAGGAGGCCAAGGCUGCACACUACGAUCAGCUCGCUGACAUCAAGGCCACUCUGAAGAAGAGCGGUGUUCGUGUCGAGGACGACCAGAGAGAUGGUUACACCCCCGGCUGGAAGUUCAGCGACUGGGAGCUCAAGGGUGUCCCUCUCAGAAUUGAGUUCGGCCCCAAGGAUGCUGCAAAUGGCGUUGUCACUUUUGCUCGUCGUGACAAUGGUGAGAAGGGCACCAUCCCCAUUGCCGAUGUGGCUGUCAAGGUCCCCGAGCUUCUGGAGACUAUCCAGAGUGACAUGUAUAGGAGGGCUGAGAAGGCUUUUGAUGAGCACCGAAUUGUGGUUGACGAGUGGGAGAAGGUCAUUCCUUCUCUCGAUGCCAAGAAUGUUGUCCAGAUUCCCUUCUGUCUCGAGCCUAAGUGCGAGGACAAGAUCAAGGAGCUCACCACUGGCAAGCAGGAUCAGAACCCUGAUCUUUCUGUUCCCCAAGCUCCUUCCAUGGGUAUGAAGAGUUUGUGUAUUCCCUUCAAGCAGCCCAAGGAGGUUGUUGCUGGCCAGAAGUGCCUGAACCCCGAGUGUCAGGCCGAGGCCAAGAAGUACGUCAUGUUCGGUCGCAGCUACUAA